AUGGCUACUGCACAUAGUCAAACGGUUUCCGAACGCGACCGCUUGAUAGUUCGGCCCAAAACACUCGCUGAGGCCGAGGCAACUAUGGAAAUCAACUGGGAGCACACGGUGGCAAACCUUCGAACAGUAGUGAGCAUACACAAAUCCGGUGGAGAAGAAAAGAAUGUUGGAUAUAUAAUUGCCUGGCGCAUCUCCAAACCUACAGGGAUCAAUCCAAACAUCGACCCAAAAUACUACCUCGACGACUGGUACCGCAGAAGCAGCAGAAGCUACAAUAGGGACUCAUGGCCGCUUGCCGCCUGUGUCUGGGCCUUUUAUGGGCCAGGAUCAUUUGAUGGAGCCAAUUAUGAUCAAGUCGUAGACGAGGAAAAGAAGGAUGAGCUAGGGGACUAUGGGAACGAACUUAUAUCUAUUCAGACUAUUUACAUCAGAUUUCGCGAAGAUCCAGAGGAUAUCGAUAGCGCUUAUGGUGGUCAACAACUCGCUCCUUUAUUUUUGGAGCUUUAUUACAGAAUCCUGGGCGGAAAAAUAUUGCCGGCCUGGUUCUCGCUGAGCGGAGCCGUAACAUAUUUGUUAAUACCCUCCUUGCACAGAGAGCCCCCGGUAAACGAAGUAUGGCUCCGCCUGCAGCGAGAUAAGGGAUGGAGUGAUGAGGAGUUACCUGAGAGGGUGAGAGCGAUAUUGGAUGAGGCCUUUAAACAGGAGAGAUUUGGUUUCAGGACUUACGUCGACAGUGCGACAGUAUUCCAGAACACUAUUGUAUCAGUGUUGGGCCGCGUUGUCCAACCCGAAGAUUCAAUCUCAGAACCUGGUGAUCGUCUGAUUCUACCAGCACUGGCAGUUGCGUAA